AUGGCUUCCCAUCACGUCCUCAUCCUCGGCGGCCACGGCAACAUUGCGCAGAAGCUGACGCCGCUUCUGCUCCGCCGCGCAUGGACCGUCACCAGCGUCAUCCGCGCGCCGGAGCAGGCGCCUACGAUUGAGAAGCUCGGCGCCGGCCUGCCCGGCACGCUGCACGUGCUCGUGCAGAGCAUCGCCGACGUGGCGAGCCAGCAUCAAGCCCAGGACGUCCUGAACAAGGUCAAGCCCGACUACAUUGCCUGGAGUGCCGGCGCCGGCGGCAAGGGCGGUGCCGAAACCACCUUCAAAGUCGACCGCGACGCCGCCAUCCACUUCAUCCACGCCGCCGCCGCCACGCCGUCGGUGCGGCGCUUCCUGCUCGUCUCGUACACGGGCUCGCGCCGCGCCGCCGCGCCCUGGUGGCCCGCCGCCGACUGGGACGCCUACGACCGGGACGUCAACCACGGCGUGCUGGCCACGUACUACCAGGCCAAGCUGGCCGCCGACGAGGCCCUCUACGCGGCGACCAAGGGUGCCGCCGCGCCGCUGGUCGGCAUUGGCCUCCGCCCGGGUACACUGACCGAUGGCCCCGCCGCCGGCGUCGUGCUCGGCAAGGUGCCGAGCGUCAAGGGCAGCGUGCCGCGCGCCACCGUCGCGCACGUCGCCGACGCCCUGCUCGCGGCGGAGAAUGUGCAGACGGGCUGGUUCGACCUGCUUGAGGGCGACGAGACGGUCGAGGCGGCCGUCGCCAAGGCCGUCGAGGACGGUGUGGAUGCGGCCGAGGGCGAGGCCAUUUACAAACAGUGA